GGGUGGACCAUGUGAUUUUGGCAGUGAGCUACAUGUCGGAGCUGCUGGACAGAGAGAUGAGAAUCCAGGAGGAGAGACUUGGGAUUCGUAUCUCUCUGUCUCACGAGAAGGAGCCUCUGGGCACCGCCGGCCCGCUGGCGUUGGCUCGAGAGCUGCUGAACGUCGACAACGAGUCGUUCUUCGUCCUCAACUCGGACGUCAUCUGUGAUUUCCCGUUCAAAGACCUGCUGCAGUUCCACCACAACCACGGCAAGGAGGGAACCAUCGUGGUAACGCGGGUGGAGGAGCCCUCAAAGUACGGCGUGGUGAUGUUUGAUGCGGACAGCGGCAGGAUACAUCGCUUCGUCGAAAAACCGCAGGUCUUCGUCUCCAACAAGAUCAACGCCGGCAUCUACAUCUUCAAUCCCAGCAUGCUCAGCAGGAUCCAGCUGAGACCAACAUCCAUAGAGAAAGAGAUAUUUCCUGUGAUGGCAGAGGAGGGGCAGCUGUACACGAUGAAGCUACAGGGUUUCUGGAUGGACAUCGGUCAGCCGAAAGACUUCCUGACAGGGAUGUGUAUGUACCUUCAGUCGCUACGACAACACGCUCCCGAGAGGCUACGCACGGGACCCGGUUUCCUUGGCAACGUUCUGGUGGACCCGACCGCGCAGAUCGGGGAGAACUGCACCAUCGGCCCGAACGUCACCAUCGGCGCCGGCGUGGUGGUGGAGGACGGCGUGAGGAUAAAACGCUGCACGGUGCUGAAGGGAGCGCGGGUUCGAUCGCACUCCUGGCUGGAGAGCUGCAUCGUGGGGUGGAGCUCCUCCGUCGGCCAGUGGGUUCGUAUGGAGAACGUGACGGUGUUGGGAGAGGAUGUGAUCGUGAACGACGAGCUUUACUUGAACGGAGCCAACGUGCUGCCUCACAAAUCCAUCAACGAGUCGGUGCCGGAGCCGCGGAUCAUCAUGUAGCAGCGGGCGGAGGAGAGAAGCCUUUUUAUACGAACUCCACUGGACGCCCAGACUGUGCCAGAGAGAGAGGAGGGACGGACAGACGGCUGGAGGGAAGAAGAAGAAGAAGAAGAAGAAGAAGAAGAAGAAGUUUUUCUUUUAUAUUUAGUAUUAAUUUGGACUUUUUUUUGUCGCCCUGUUCGGCUGCACUGUCAAUGAUCAGUCACUAAGCAGCCUUCCCCGUCAGGAAGGUUAAUACUUGUUCUUUAAGGGCUGCAGGUAAAACGUCAAACGGUAACGUCCUGGAUGUGGCGGAGGGUAAAUGUUUUGGGUAAUGACGAGUUCACACCAAAUGCAAAGCCAAUUCUCUGCUCCCCUUAUUCCCUCCUCUGGUUCACGACAGCGCUGGACCCCAAAGUAAACAGAUGUUGCUCUGAUUUAAUUGAUCACACCGCAUGAAGAAUUUGCUUCGCGUUUGGUGUGAAACAGGAGGGAGGGGGGCCGAUACAGGCUGGUUGUCUGUCAGAUGGCGGAGGGACUAAUGUGAAGUGUAUUCAGGGGGGAGCGGGUUAGAGAGCGAUAUGCACAGGUUUUGAUUCACUAUGCAUUUAGUCCUGGACAGCGAACAGGCACUGAAGGAUCAUAAUUUAUGCUUUUCUGCUGUUGCAACUGGAAUCAUAACGGACGCUGAGAUUUCUAAAUGCAGUAUGAGUUCUAGUUAGUCAAUGAUUAUAGUUCUGAUUAUUUGAAGUGGGUUGUAUGAGGUAUCCGUAGUCAGUGUAUUACCUACAGUAGAUGGCGGUCGGCACGCCCCCGGUUUGGAGAAACCGACAGAUGUACCAGCACAGCAGUAAAGCAAUGUGCAGCAAACAUAUUUUAGUCAUACUAACCAUAUUUCCAGUGCUUUAGUUGCUGUCAGCCCUUUCCGACAGGGAAAUGAAGCCGCAACCAGACUCCUUUGACAAAAACAGUCAUUUUACCUCUCAGAACACGGGAGUUGCUGUUCUCCCGCCUCCUCGAUCGGUUAGUUUAUUUGUGUUAUUGUUUGCCUUUGGUGUUUUAAAGGGUUAGUUCGGAUUCACCAAAGUCACACAAUAACAAACUAACUAACCAAUCAAGGCCAGCGGGAGACCAGCCAUGUCCAUGUUCUGCCAGGUAAAAUAUCUGUUUUUGUCAAUGGAGUCUGGUGGCUUUGAAUAGAGCGUCGAUAACUGCUUCAGUUCCCCGUCGGAAAGGGCUCUCUGCAGGCAAGGUAAGGCGGUGAAAAUAUUCUAAAUAAACUGACUUCAGGUGGCAAAGAUACGUUUUGCCGAUGCCCACAUCCACAGCAGUAGAUUGCACAUCCAGCAGACACGGAGGAACAUCAUUAUCCAAUUGUUAUGUUUGUGUCCACUUGAUGAAUGUAAUUAGAUACAUUUUUAUAUAAAGAUACUGAUGAGUGCAGAUAUAAAGUGGAUGUCUCGUUGCCUUGGGACAGGUUUGUCUGAUCUUUGUUGUUAUCAUGAAAACUGUGCUUCAAUACCAAACUGGUGACCGCUCUGUACAAAGUGAACAACAUGUAGCACGUUUUCUUUACAACAAACUGCAGUUUAUCAAGUGUGUUUCCAGAUAUCAGUCAGGCUGCAUCUUUAAAAUAACAUCAACUUAAGGUGAAUCUCUAUUCUGGUUCAUUCUGAUCUGACUGCCCAAAAAUAUCUUAUGAGAAGCUCGUUAAAUCCCAGUCUUUAACUUGAUGAAUGUUCUUCAAGUGAGGCUAAAAAUGUAAAGUUUGUCCCAAAGGUGGCGCUAGAGUUAAGGUCAAGUUGUUCCCUGACUCUAAAGUAUUUGUACGGUGGCCACUUUAGGACAUUUCAGACUCAGUUAGCUGCAGUUUGCAUGUUAACGUGCUAAUGUUCGCAUGUUUCCGGCCUCCACCAGAUCCAAGAGUUCAUAUAACACUAUGUCCACACAGCUUUCCUAAAGCAAUACUUCAAACUGUGCAUUAAAUACAUGAAUGGAAACACGGCUCCAGCUGCUGCUCUGCGCACUAGGAGCCUGCACACCUGGGGGGUAGAACUUCCUGCUACCUCUUUGUGGUUGAAGCUCUUCAUUAAAAGGCGAUUGAAUGAAUUUCUGAACCACAUUUCAUUUGCUAAAACUAAAGUAUAUUAAUGACCAUGAAGUGUCUCCUCACGCUCACAUGAGGGGAAUCGAUGAACCCUCCUGACUUUGUCAUCCAGGGUUGUAACGCUGCGAGAGUCUCACAGUACAAUAACUGUGAAGGUGUCACGGUAUUACACCAUUCUAAAUGCUAUUUGUAUUUUAUCAUUUUCAAUCACCCCCAAAGGAAUGAGAACAGAUUUAUAAACCUGAUUAAAAUAAGUGAGCGUGUAUCUAUAAUGUUUUAUGAAUUGUAAAGCCCUUUAAGCCUCAUUCAUUAAUAUAAUUCACUAAAGCAUGUUAGUUUACAUGUUAGCAGCACUAAUACAUCUCUGCUAGAUAAUAAAAUAACAUCAGCUGUGAGUUUUAAAAUAAUGUCCGAGUAUUAUUAACUUAUCCUGUAGGUGCUGCUGUCUGCACCUUUAACUCACACACACUCAAUAUACCGCCGUGUACCGUUACAACCCUGGUGUCAUCCUCAAAGCUAGGUUUGAAUGUUAAACAAUAGCCUCCUGAUAUUAAAAUAAAGGUUUCUGGAGCUCGUCGUCGACACGACACUUUGUGAGUCCAGAGCCUCAGACCUGAGCUCUGGGGUUUCUUGUUGUGUUCGUGAUGAACGGUGUUUAGGACACUGAACAUGUAAAGACUUUGUCUCAAUGGAUGAAGUCAACUCUUGUAAUGAAGUCUUUUUUAAA